AUGAAGGCGGGCGUAAUUCACUGUAGAUGUUCCAGAUGUUUUGCUUUCCCUUCAAAGCGAAGGAUAAGAAAACGGCCCCGAGUCCUGACGUUGUUAAGUCUGCCUGAAGAUGUACUGUUUCAUGUCCUGAAAGGCCUUCCUGCUGAGGACAUCCUUUCAGUCAGAGCCGUUCACUCGCAUCUUAAAUACCUUGUGGAUAAUCAUGCUAGUGUUUGGGCAUGUGCGAGUUUCCAAGAAAUAUGGCCUUCUCCUAACAAUCUGAAGAUGUUUGAAAGGGCUGCUGAAAAGGGUAACUUUGAAGCUGCUGUGAAGCUGGGGAUAGCAUACCUGUACAAUGAAGGCUUGUCCAUCUCCGACGAGGGUCGUGCAGAAGUGAAUGGAUUGAAGGCAUCUCAUUUCUUCAGUCUGACGGAGCGUUUGAACAUGCGUGCAGCCCCUUUUAUCUGGCUUUUUAUUCGUCCUCCCUGGUCCCUGAGUGGAAGCUGUUGUAAAGCUGUGGUCUAUGAAAGUCUCAAAGCAGAAUGUCAGUUGGAGAAAGUUCAAAAAGGAUCCAUUCUCCACUGCUUGGCUAAGGUCUUAAGUCUCUUUGAGGAUGAAGAAAAAAGAAAAGAAUCCAUUGAAAUGUUUGAAGAAUCUUCAAAGCAGGGUUGCUUAAGCAGCUCCUACCUCCUUUGGGAAAGUAACAGAAAGGCUGCUAUGUCAGAUCCUGGCAGAUACCUCCAAAGCCUCAGGAAGCUAAGGGACUAUGCAGCAAAGGGCUGCUGGGAAGCACAGAUAGCUUUAGCUAAAGCUUGUGGGAAUGGAAACCAACUAGGAUUAGAAGCAAAAUCUUCCAAUGAAAUGGUAUCUCAGAUCUUUCAAGCCUCUCUCCCUGUCAGCAAGCAAAGCAUCUUCACUGUGCAGAAAGGAAUGAAUGAAACAAUGAGGUACAUCCUGAUUGACUGGUUGGUAGAAGUAGCUACCAUGAAAGAUUUUUCUAGCCUGUGCCUUCACAUGACAGUGGGAUGUGUGGAUCGUUAUUUGAAGCUGAGACCUGUACCCCGGGCUCGACUCCAACUUCUGGGAAUUGCCUGCAUGGUCAUUUGCACACGUUUCGUCAGCAAAGAAAUCUUGACAAUACGGGAAGCUGUGUGGUUAACAGACAACACGUACAAAUAUGAAGAUCUAGUCAGAAUGAUGGGUGAGAUCAUUUCUGCCUUAGAAGGAAAGAUAAGGAUACCUACUGUUGUGGACUAUGAAGAAGUAUUGUCAAACAUAGUGUCUCUGGAAAGAAGAACUCUUCACCUCUACAGCUUUAUUUGUGAACUGUCACUCCUGAACACAAGCCUCUGCGUGUAUUCCCCAGCUCAUCUAGCUGCUGCAGCACUGCUGUUGGCUAAGGUACUACACAAGCAAGCACAUCCCUGGACAAGCCAGCUGUCUGAAUGCACUGGUUUCUCUCUUGAAGACCUGUUGCCAUGUGUGCUAAGCCUCCACCAAAAAUGUUUCCAUGAUGAUGUCCCAAAGGACUAUAGGCAGGUGUCUUUAACUGCAGUGAAACAACGAUUUGAAGAUGAGCGUUAUGAAGAAAUAGGUAAAGAAAAGAUGAUGAGUUACAGUCAGCUGUGUUCAUUGCUGGGUGUGAAGCAGGAGGACCCAGAACCCAGCCCUUUGCACACAAAUAUGGUGGAAAUUCAGACUUUCCUUAGCUCUCCCUCUGGAAAGAGAACUAAAAGAAGGAGAGAAGACAGCAUUCAGGAUGACAGAGGCAGCUUUGUGACUACACCCACAGCUGAGCUAUCCACCCAGGAAGAAAGUCUUCUGGACAAUUUCCUGGACUGGAGUUUAGACUCCUGCUCUGGUUACGAAGGUGAUCAGGAAAGCGAAGGCGAGAGAGAUGGAGAUGUGACAGCUCCCAGUGGAAUCCUGGAUGUAACUGUGGUCUAUAUGGAUCCAGCAGAGCACUGCUGUCAGGACUCCAGUGAUGAAGAUAAUCUAGCUGCAGGCUGGUCUGAGCACACAGCACCACCGAGUGAGACUCAGCUGCCAGAUGACACUUGUGUUCUUCCAGCAUAUCUCACCCCAAGAAAUCCUAAUGCAGAAGGGAGCUCAGGCUACUCCUCUGUCAACAGCACCAGUCCUACAUCUUCUGUAGAAGGCAGCUUUGGAGUACCUCUCAAAACUACCUCAGCACUGUGUCUUGGCAGUGCCAUGAACAAGGGGCCAUGCCAGCCUCACUACUUGAAAUCACGUUUACAGUCAGUCUGUGCUAGGCCUAGUGAUGGCAAGUGUGACAGAAGACAAGUCAAGCGAAAAAAUGUUGCAGAACACAGUGAAGAAAGGGUGAACUUGGGCUUUUUAAGUCUCUGA